GUAGUUAUUUUCCAGAAAAUAUCUCCAGUUGCGAUUCUAGCUUUGAGCAUUAAAGCAAAGAAAAGCUAUUUCAUCCAAUGGAGGUCCUAUCUUUUGUUGGAGGUUCUCUUUUAUCUGUUACAUUUGACUUGCUACUCAAAAAGUUGUAUGAAUAUCUAAGUGAUCAACUACGAAAUCCAAAGGGGGAAGUACUUACUCAAAUGGAGAGGUGGAAGACUUUUUUGUCCGAAAUCAUUGCUGUACUUCAACAAGCAGAAGAAAAUCCAGUUGCCAACCAGUUUAUAAAGUCAUGUCUUGAUGAUCUCAGGAACUUGGCUUAUGAUAUGGAAGACUUACUUGAAGAGUUUGUGAUUGAUGCCAAGAGAUCUGAAUUGACUACAAAAUUUAAAGCUAGCACCAGCAAGGGACUGAAAGUCAAAUCCCGUCUCCAAAAUUUGUUUAGAUCUCAAGCUAAGCCCAAUGGAAAGAUCAGUUGCAGGUUGAAAAGUUUGAAGGAUAUAGCUAGCAGAUUGGAGCAAAUCGAGAAGGAGAUGCAUAUUUUGGGUCCAAUCAAUUUGGCUAUUGAAGAUAAAAAAAAGUGUCACAUAAUUGCAGAAAGACUUGAGUCCUCUAUUCUUGAAUAUGAGGUGAUGGGUCGAGAUAGUGAUAAGGAUGCUAUUCUUCUAAGGUUGUUAGAAGAUAGAGGUAGUCUUGAACAAGACUUUGUUAUUCCCAUCGUUGGAAUGGGUGGACUAGGCAAGACAACUCUUGCUCGGCUCAUUUACAAUGAUCAAAAAUUGGAUGGCAAGUUUGACUUGAAGGCAUGGGUUUGUGUUUAUGAUGUGUUUGAUGUUGCUCGAAUAACAAGAACCAUUUUAGAACAGAUAACUAGGGAAAAGUGUGAUCUUAAUGAUUUCGAUUCACGACAGAAGAAAUUGAAAGAGAAGUUAUCUGGGCACAAAUUUCUUCUUGUAUUGGAUGAUGUUUGGGAUAAGAAAUAUGGCAAUUGGGAGAAAUUGAAGAGACCUUUCAUGUCAGGAGCUCUUGGAAGUAAAAUAAUUGUCACGACUCGAAAUAUGGAUGUUGGGAAAAUGAUGAGAGGAAAUGAUGGAGUUUACAAUUUAGAAUUGCUACAAGUUAAUGCUUGUUUGCCAUUAUUUACACUACAUGCACUAGGGGAAAAGGACUCUGCUGCACACCCAAACCUACAAGAUGUUGGUGAGAGGCUUGUUGAGAGGUGCAAAAGAUUGCCACUGGCACUAAAAACUCUCGGUGGCGUCUUGCAGGUAAAGCAGGGUCAUGAUGAGUGGGAAAAAAUAUAUAACAGUAAUAUAUGGAGUUCAUCAAAAGAUAGAAGUGACAUUUUUCCUGUUCUAAUAUUGAGUUAUAAUGAUCUUCCUUUUCACUUGAAGCGAUGCUUUGCUUAUUGUGCUUUGUUCCCUAACGACUAUGAAUUUGACAAAAUGGAGUUGGUCCGAUUAUGGAUGGCUGAGGGCCUAUUGCAGCAACAGUCAGGUGGAAAGAAGCAAAUGGAAGAGGACACUGGUCAUGAAUAUUUCCAAGAAUUGUUAUUAAGAUCACUCUUUCAACCGUCAAGCAGAGUUGAAUCACGGUUUGUGAUGCAUGACCUCAUAAACGAUUUAGCUACAAAUAUUGCUAAAGGGAUAUAUUGCAAUCUUGAAGGUAGCAUGGGUGAUGAAAAAUUAGAAAAGGUUCAUCAUUUGUCAUUCACUCCACACUUUUAUGAAUUCCCGAAGAGAUUCACAAUCUUGAAUAAAUUGAAGCAUUUGAGAACAUUCUUGUCACUAAGAGCACUCGAUGUCUACAACGCCUCCUAUUUGUCUAACGGAAUCUUGCAUGGUUUCCUGCCAGCUUUAAAUCGCUUAAGAGUGCUAUCUCUUCGUGGCUAUCUAAUAAGUAAGCUACCAGAUUUUGUUGAAAAGUUGAAACAUAUCCGGUACAUUGAUUUGUCUGGAACAAGGAUUAAAUGUCUACCUGAAUCAGUGGGUUCUCUUCUCUUCUUGCAAACAUUGUUAUUAUCAGGUUGUGGAGAGCUUACUCAGUUGCCUACAACGAUUGGAAAUCUAAUUGAUCUCCAUCAUCUUGAUAUCUUUGCUACACCACAUUUAAACAAGAUGCCAUCAGAAAUAGGCAAUCUUAAAAAUCUUGUAACACUGCCCAAAUUUAUCGUGGGGAAGGCAAGUGGAACGAUGAUGAGAUUAUCUGCUUUGAAGAACUUGUCACAACUUCGAGGAAGACUGUCUAUUCUAGAUCCGGAAAAUGUUUCGCAUGUUCGAGAUGCUGUGGAGGCCAAUCUAGACAAGAUCCAUGGUUUAGAAGAGUUAGUCUUGGAGGGGUGGUGGACUGCUCCUGAUAAUGAUCGAGAUGAAUCAGUACUCAGCUGGGGAUGCACUUUUUUACCAUCACUUGGCCGACUACCUGUUCUUAAAAAAUUGGUUAUUGAAUGGAUGGACGCAAUAGAAGCCGUGGGUCCUGAGUUUUAUGGGCGGCAUGACUCUUUUCCAUCACUGGAGGAACUAGAGUUUAGAUGGAUGCACAAUUGGAAGGAAUGGACUUCUCCAAAUGGAAGUGAAGGUGAAUUCCCUUGUCUUCGUAGGCUUGUGAUUCAUCAUUGUCCUAAGUUGUUAGGUCAAUUACCUAGCAACCUUUCUUCACUUAAAGAGUUGGAUGUUGUUAGCUGCCAUCCGAUGCUUUUGAAGAGUAUGGUUGAUCUCACUUCACUCACUAAAUUUAGAAUUCAGAAAAUUUCAGAACUGACUUGCUUGCCAAAGAGUUUUAUACAGUCCUUAACAACACUUGAGACUCUGGAUAUUGAAUGUUGCGAGGAUCUUACUUGUCUGUGGGAGGAAGGGGCAGAAAUAGAGCAAAACCUCUUGCCUUUCAAUCUUAAGCAUCUUACCCUUCAGGAAUGUGGAGCUUUGGAGUCAUUACCCAAUGCUAUUAUGAUGAGGAUGGAUGAAAGCAGUAGCAGCAACAGUAGUAUGUUGAUGUUGAGACUGGAAAGGUUGGAAAUUGAUUAUUGUCCUUCUCUCAAGUCUUUUCCAAGAGGCAAAUUACCCAUCUCGCUUAAACAUUUGAAAAUAGCAGUCUGUGAAAGUCUUGAGUCUCUACCGGAUGUUGAUGGUGGCAAUAAUAAUAGCAAUCUACAUUUGGAAAUAGCAAAUGUUCCAUGCUUGUAUUCUUCUAAGGAUUGUGAUCAGCCACCAGCUUUUCUCAAGAAAUUUGGAGUUAGAUACUGCAAUUGGUUGGAAUCAUUUCCAGAAAGGAUGCUGCAACGUUGUACGGGACUCCAAUCUCUUAGUAUUGACAGCUGUAAAAUAUUGAAAAGUUUACCCACCUUUGAUUGCGUCACCAAUCUCGUUGAAUUAUCUAUUUACCACUGUGAAGCUUUAGGGUCAUUACCAGAAGAGUUGGGAUUAUACACCCCCAAUCUAAAGGAUUUGAAAAUAUUGGUUUGUAUGAAUUUCAAAUCCCUCCCAAAUACGAUGUACCAGCUGAAAUCUCUUCAAAUUCUAUGGAUGGAAAAGUGCCCCGGCAUCGAGUUCAUUCCAGAUGGGGGUUUGCCCCUAAACUUAACAGAGCUUAAAUUGCGGUGUAAGAAUCUCAAGCCGCUGCCAAAUACAAUGUACCAGCUCACAUCGCUUCAGCAUCUAGAAGUCGCAGGUGGGGCUUUGAUGUCUCUUCAACGGUUAACAAUUGACCAGAAAUUCCCUCAGGAUAUUGUGCUGCCUUCUUCUUUAACCUAUCUUCAGAUUUGGGAUGAAGAAAAUUUGGAAUCCAUACCUGGGGGGCUCUUCCAAAACCUAAGCUCCCUUCAAGAGUUAUGGAUAUGUGGCUGCCCGAAGCUACAGUCUUUGCCGAGGGAAGCCUUCCCUCCCUCGCUUGGGCAACUAUGCAUCAGCGGGUGUCCGCAUCUAAAACGACAACGCUUUGAGGAGAAAGGAGACUACUGGACUCUCACAUAUAGCAUCCCAAACGUUCUCAUAUUAGAGCUAUUUGUAUCACCAUUUUUCUUAAUUUUGAUUCCAAUGCAUGGAGAUCAGGUAGAUAUCGAGAAGUUAUUCAGUUGUAACAAGUCAGUGGAGCUUUCAUAACAGCUGGUGGCUGGUUUUGAUCAACAUUGCAAAAACAGUGCAGAGACUAUGAGAGUGAGUUGCAACAGCAGCAGGAAGGUUAGUAGAGGAGUCAUGGUUCUGCUCCAUGUCAAUUGUGAUUUGGUCUCCAAUUCCUCUUGGUACACAAUCAGCACACUUUAUGAGAUUCCCAAUUUGAUUGGAGAUUUUGACUUCUAGCUUUAUUUUGGUGACGAUUAAUACAUUAGUGAUCCAACAAUUUUAUUCUUGAUGACUUAUUGUUGUGUACAACCUCUAGUGUUUUCUAAAGUAGAGGAAACUUUGUAAUAAUGCUAUUUUUAUAGU